UAAUUAGGAAGAUCGGGGAAAGCACCUUUUCUUAAAGGUCAAAGGUCAUAACUACGGACGCCAAAACCACUCUUCAAUUCAUGAAAUCAAGCUAUGAUGUCACAGCCCACCAAGGAUAUGGAACAAGCAUCACAAGGCCAAGCCCAACCUGGACCUGGUGGCGAUACAGACCAAAGGACCGAAAUAGUGCUGGAUCCAAAGGCAGAACGUGACUCGAAACAAGAACAGGAUGCAGAGCAUGAGAAGGAAGACCCUCCAUCUCCUGGAGUUUUGCAGGAGAAGCACUCUAAUGAUGAAGGCAUAGAGAAUGAUGAUCAUGCAGGAGUAAGUGAGGGUGACAAGCAUCACCAAGUACAUGUAGGAGCUCUUGAUGUAGAGAGAGGGACAUCUGCAGCUCCUGAAGAUGAAGCCAACAAUGCGGAUCAAGUCCCUGACAGGGGAGAGAAAAAUGAAACAAAUUCUAAUUCUUUGACUGAACAGGAUGAACACACUGUAUCAGAAACCAGAGAGAUUGAUUCCGACAAGAAUGAUAAUAUCAAAGCUUUACUGGGUCGUGACCUUCAUCACUUGACACGACCUGAGAGGUCGAUCCUCUACCGAGAGGGCGCUAGAUGCCAAGAAGAAGGUCAUAUGGAGGGAGCCCUCAAGUGUUAUCUUGGAGCCAUCACGGGUCUGGCGGAGGGGUCUUCCUUCGAGGAGCUACCAAAGUGCCUUCACGCCAUAGCUGAUGUUUACUUUGAGAAGAAGGAAUAUGAAAAAGCUGUAUAUUUCAUCCAGGCAGAGAAAAUGUACUAUGAAACAGCUCUGAUUGAUAUUGUCUGUGUACCGAAAGAUACAGACUCUAAAGCUGAGAACAGACAAAAUAUUGAGGAUGGCGAUGGAGAACAUCAAAAUCAACAACACAUUCAAGGGUCUGAUGAGGAGACGAGCAAUGAGAAGAAUGGUGACCCUGAUGAUGACCUUUCACCUGACGCUAAGAAAGGUCAAGAAUUUGAGAACUUGGCUAGACUCUGUCUCCGGGAGGGGAAGCUACAGCUCGCUCUUGAUUACUGUGGGAAAGCAACUAAGAUGUAUCAGACCGAAUACGGAGAAGAUCAUCCCAUCACUGUUGCUGCACUGGAUCUAUUUACUGUCAUAUACGCCGAUGUAGGCAAGAAGCUAUAUUCAGAUGCUAUGCAGAAAUUUGAGAAAGAAGAGGAGGUAUUGAAGUCUGAGAGAUCACAUGAUGUGUCACCUGACAAUAAUGAACCAGAACUAAGGCAGAGAUUUACGAGCGCUGAUGACAAAGAAGUGAAUGGUGUUGACAGGACAAUGGAUGAAGGGAUUCAUCAAGGAGAACUGGAACCGACUUCACUCGAGGAUCGAGAUGACUGGGUCAUGACGGUCCUUCUGAUGUUGAUCUUCUUCCUGGUAACCGUUUUCAUCGUCAUAGUGAUAUCGUCGAUCUACUGCUAUAACAACAACAGGACGGGUUACUGCGCGCAGACGAGAGGAGACAUCAAUUACUGGUACAUGUAUGGCAGACAGGUCAUUCACAAUAUCAGGAAAAGUUUCAGAUGAAGAAUCCUCGACCAGUUGACAAAGGCACUGCCUCAUCUAGGCCCUGUUUUACAAAGAGUUGUGAUUGAUCCGAUCAAUCGCAACUAUGGACGGCAAUCAACGUCAACAUGCAUUAUGAAUACUUGUUCAAAAUAUUUUCUAACUAUGAUGUAUAUUCAUGCACUAAUUUUCUGAGAAAUUCACUGUGCUUCUCUUU